AUGGCCGCCGCGCAUGAAGGAUCGCAAAUUGAAGAUGCUCUAUUCGAAGAAGCUUUGGACUUCAUUAAACAUGUAUUCCACAUAAAUGAAUUAUACCAUGAGCAAAUACAAUUGAUAAAAAGCUUUUGUAAAGGUAAAAAUAUAUUUUUUAACGCUCCAACUGGGUAUGGAAAGUCAAUUGUUUUUCAAUCACUUCCGUGGAUAUAUGACAUGGUUUAUGAGCAAAGUAUAGGAUUUUCAACAUUGAUCGUUAUUUCACCUCUGCAAUCGUUAAUGGAGGAUCAAUGCAAUCGAAUGAAAGAGAUUGGAAUCUCUUGUAUAUGCCUAUAUUCCAAAGAAUCCUUGAACUCAAUGGCAGAAUACGAAACAAUUUUAAAGGAUGUGAAGGACGGUGUUUAUUCGUUGGUAUAUGCUUCGCCUGAAUGCAUGCUUGGGAAAAACGAGUGGAGAAGAAUUUUGUACAGUGAAGACUUUAGGGAUCAUUGCAUUGGUGUGGCCUUUGAUGAAGCACAUAUAAUAGCACACUGGGGAUCAGAUGUAACAGGAAAAAAGCCAUUUCGAAAAUGGUAUGGGGAACUCCAUGAGUUUAGAUGUCUUUUAGCUGAAGAAGUAAAAUUUGCUUUAUUUACUGCUACUGCCACAAAACAAACAAAACAUAAAGUUUUUGACAUGUUAAAUAUUAGUGAAUCAGAAACAUUUUUUAUUGAAAAAAACCCGGAAAGAGAAAAUAUUAGAUACUGUGUUGAAUAUGUUGAAAAUGACAAAGACUUUGAAGAUAUUUUUCAUAUCAUCACAUCUGAAUUGCUGGAGAAAAAGGAAAUGUGUUCUCGAAGACUCAUAUAUACUCAAACGCGAAAACAAUGUGCAAGCAUUUAUAAUUUUUUUUCAUCUGUACUAGAAGAUAACAUUUAUAUGAAAGAUGAACAAAAUCCUAGAUUUCGACUAGUGGAAAUGUUUCAUGGUGGAACACCAGAAAGUGCAAAAAAGCAUAUUGUCAAGCAAUUUGCUAAUCCCGACAGUUGCCUGAGGGAUCCAGUUGUAGAAGACAAGGACUAA